AUGAGCAAACCCAGUCACAUCAAGGAUGGUUUCCUUGGGUCAUAUACAGAAUGGCUUGUCCUUGGGCUACUGUUCCUCGUCAUCCUGCGAAGGAUUGCUAAGUUCAUUGACGAAGAAAGGAGGAUUCGGCGUCAUGGAGGGCACGCGUCGAGAUACAAGUCGUAUACGCCGUUUGGCGUGUUGUCCGGCUUGCAUUUCCUGUGGUCCAUCACCACUCAUGCCUUACAGGAUCAAAACCUCAAAUUCAUGCAUAACGCGUUUCUCCGAUCAGGCCAGGGGAAGAAGAACCCAUACACGUUUGAGGUCUCCUUGAUAGGGUCGCGUGCAAUUUUCACUGCCGAUCCCGAGAAUAUUCGAGCCAUGCUGGCAACUCAAUUCAGCGGCUUUGGAAAGGGUCAGCGCUUCAGAGCAGAUUGGUUUGAACUCAUGGGAAAUAGCAUCUUCAACGUUGACGGUGACGCUUGGCAUGCCUCGCGCCAACGUCUCCGAUCUCUCUUCACCCGCCAACGAGUUAGUGACCUCGUCUGUUUUGAGCGUCAUAUCCAGGAUAUGCUUCCAGCAUUAGCUGGUGGCCAUUGUGUGGAUAUGAAGGACAUCUUAAGCAGAUUUGCGCUUGAUGUAUCGGCAGACUUUUCCCUCGGAAGACAGGUGGAUUCUCUGACAAGCGAAGAGGAUGACGCCGUCUUUGAAGCAUUUGAGCGUAUCCGCCACACUCAGUCCUUGAUUGAGCGAUUGGGCCCUCUGAACUUCCUCGUUCCGCGCCGCAGAUUCCGCAAAGACCUAGAGGCCUUGGAUAAGUUUAUGGGUCCCAGCAUCGAGAAGGCAAUAUCAAUGUCGGAUGCGGAGCUAGCGGAGAUAGACAAGACAGACCACGGAUGGACACUUCUUCAUGCAUGCGCUGGUGUCUCUCGAGACGCUCGGUAUCUGCGUGAUGAAAUGGUGUCGAUAUUGAUCGCUGGCCGAGACACCACUGCAACCACAAUGUCCUGGGCUUUCUUUGAGCUCGCGAAGAGCCCCGAGGUACUUGCCGAGCUUCGCCGCGAGAUCGAGAACAAGUUGGGCGUUGGUGCCGGAGCUCGUCUACCAACUUAUGACGACCUCAAGAGCAUGACGUUCGUCACGCACGUGUUGAAUGAGACUCUUCGGCUAUAUCCCAACGCACCUUUCAACAUCAGAGCUGCUUCAAAAGACACCAGUCUACCACGUGGAGGUGGACUAGACGGGAAUGACCCCGUAGGAGUUCCAUCGGGUACCCAGAUCAUCUAUUCCACGCACAUCCUUCAAUUGCGAGAUGAUCUCAAUUCAUACAAGUAUCCACUCCAAGACUUCUAUCCCCGUCGAUGGGAAACUUGGACACCUCGUCCAUGGACGUAUAUUCCGUUCAAUGGUGGGCCGAGGAUAUGCAUCGGGCAGCAGCUGGCUCUGACUGAGAUGGCGUACGUCUUGGUUCCUGAUCCUGGAUCAUGGGUCACCGAUGCGGACAAAGACGUGUUGAUCGAGAGCGGUGUCCGUUUCAUCGACAUCACUGACAUCAAGGACGAAGAAGUUCUCGAAAUGAUAUCCACUCCUGAUCAUGACUUCAGUCAAUACCUCAACACACUCGACCUGAAUGCUGACUUGGAUCAGCGAGGGUCAGAUUGGAUGCAGGGCGAACUUGAUGGCCGAUCUAUGGCCUCUGCUGAGCAACCGACACCGUUCAAUACUGAACGUGCAAUGCGUCACCUCAAGAUAAUGACCGAGUUUUGGAGCAGAGAUCAUCGGGUGGAAAACGGCACGAAAGCUGCCGAAUGGAUCCUCGAAAGUAUUGAGAGAAUCGUUGCCUUGGUCAACCCGCAUAUCGAAUCCGCCGCGUUCGCGCAUAACGCCACCAAGCAGCCCUCCGUUAUUGCCAAGCUACCCGGAGCUACCUCAGACAUCGUUGUCUUCGGCGCCCACUUCGACUCCAUUUCAAGAAAGCCUGGUGGCUAUGCUCCGGGAGCCGACGAUAAUGCUUCUGGAACGGUCGUGCUACUUGAACUUCUCCGGACACUAGCAGAAAAGACGAGUCACAAGGAAACCGAGCCUUGGAAGCCUCUUCGCAACACAAUUGAGUUCCAUUUCUAUGCCGCAGAAGAGGUCGGUUUGCUUGGCUCUUCGGAGAUCUUCUACGAUUACAAGAUCAAAAACAAGACGGUGGUUGCCAUGCUGAACCACGAUAUGCUGGGAUUCUCUUCCACUGACAAAGUAUCUCUUGGUGGCGACAAAAUUGACCCGCGCCUCACACAUGUCCUCCGCACCAUUGCGAAGCAGCGCGGCAUCGCAACACUGAGCUUUUCUUGCGGUUACGCCUGUUCCGAUCAUGCAAGCGCUCACAAUAACAAGUACCCUGCGGCCUUCAUUACUGCCGAUCGUGACCCAAUCGGCAACGACAGAAUUCACACUGAUAAAGAUACAUUGGAGACGAUCGAGAAAGAAACGCUUGAACGCCAUUUCCAAUUCAGCCUCGCAGCUCUUGAGGUUCUCUCGAACGCAAACGAUCUUGCUACGCUGAGGACGAUGCAAAAGGCCUGA